UCCACUUAGCCACCGCAAUUCUUCUUCUCCCCCAAUCCAUUUCUUUUAAUUCUUGUAUAUUCCAAAUCCAAUUUUAAUUCACCUAAUUCUAGAUACCCCACAACAAAAAAAAAAAGAAAAGUAAAACACAUUUUUCCCGCUAUAUAUGUUCCUUAACUCUUCCGUAUAUUUUUAAUCAAAACCAAACAAAUUCUGAGAUUUCCCUUGAGACAAGGUUUUAAUAGCCACACACACUCUCUCUCUCUCUCUCUCUCACUAAUAAUAGAGAGAAAAGAAACCGUGAGAGAGAGAAAAAACCAAGACAAAAACAUGUCUCUUGAUUCUCCAUUGAUUGUUGAAGAAACAAAACAAAACAAUAAGAAAGAAGAAGAUAGAAGAGAAUUGGUUGAAGAAGUUAAGAAACAGUUAUGGCUAUCAGGGCCAUUGAUAUCAGUUACACUUUUAAAUUUUGGUAUCAAUCUUAUUUCAGUUAUGUUUGUUGGUCAUCUUGGUGAGUUACCUCUCUCUGGUGCUUCCAUGGCUACUUCUUUUGCUUCUGUCACUGGUUUCAGUUUAUUGCAAGGAAUGGCAAGUGCCUUGGACACAUUUUGUGGACAAUCAUAUGGCGCGAAACAAUACCGCAUGUUAGGCGUACACAUGCAGAGAGCAAUGUUCAUUCUCAUGGUCGUUGCGAUUCCCCUCGCGGUUAUUUGGGCAAACACAAGAUCAAUUCUCCUUGUGCUUGGCCAAGAUCCUGAAAUAUCUAUAGAGGCUGGCAGCUAUGCAAAGUUAAUGGUUCCAUGCCUUUUUGCUUAUGGUCUUCUACAAUGCCUCAACAGAUUCUUACAGACUCAAAAUAUUGUAUUUCCAAUGAUGUUUAGCUCUGCGAUGACGACGUUACUUCAUCUUCCUAUUUGCUGGUUUAUGGUAUACAAAUCUGGAUUAGGUAGCAGAGGUGCUGCCAUAGCAAAUUCUAUAUCCUAUUGGAUCAACGUUACCAUACUCGCACUCUAUGUCAAGUUUUCUCCUUCAUGUAAAAAAACAUGGACUGGUUUUUCCAAAGAAGCGUUUGCACUGAACAAUAUCCCAAUUUUCCUGAAGCUUGCUGUUCCUUCAGCUGUAAUGGUUUGCUUGGAAAUGUGGUCAUUUGAAUUAAUGGUUCUUCUUUCCGGUCUUCUUCCAAAUCCGAAGUUGGAAACAUCAGUACUUUCUAUCAGUUUGAAUACAUCGGCACUUGUUUGGAUGAUCCCCUUUGGACUUAGCGGAGCUAUAAGCAUUCGUGUCUCGAAUGAACUCGGGGCUGGUAAUCCACGGGCCGCACGUUUGGCAGUGUAUGUCGUUGUAGUGAUAGCCAUUAUUGAGAGCAUCGUAGUUGGAGCUGUGAUUAUACUAAUUCGCAAUAUAUGGGGAUAUGCUUAUAGCAAUGAAGAAGAAGUUGUCAAAUAUGUAGCAAUUAUGUUGCCUAUUAUUGCAGUAUCCAACUUUCUGGAUGGAAUACAAAGUGUUCUUUCAGGCACUGCUAGAGGAGUUGGUUGGCAAAAGAUCGGCGCAUAUGUCAAUCUCGGGUCAUACUAUUUAGUUGGGAUUCCAGCAGCAGUUGUAUUAGCUUUUGUAUUGCAUGUUGGCGGGAAGGGACUGUGGCUGGGGAUCAUAUGUGCACUCUUCGUUCAAGUAGUUUCUCUAACGAUCAUUACAAUACGCACUGAUUGGGAGAAAGAGGCAAAGAAGGCUACUGAUAGAGUUUAUGAUUCAAUAACAACAGAGAGCUUAGUCUCAUGAAGAAUGAGAUUUUUUGAUUUGUUUUCUUAGUGUAUUGGCAGAGAAUACAUCUUUUAAUGUAAUGUGGAGGGAAAAUAACAUGUGUUGCUUAUAAAAGUUAGUACAUGUGAAUGUGAUCCAUGUUACUGAUAUCUUGUAACGUUACACAUUGUUUAUCUCUAUACCACAAUACGCGAUCAGUUCGUCUGGAUUAGUACAACAACUUUAAAGUUGUUUGAUCUUGUAUGCAAGUGUGUUAAUUUAAAUCUUAUAUUUAGAUCAAUGGAAGAAGUUUAUUGAUAAAAA